UAUCCUCUAGUGUCUCAAAGUAGAGCUUGGUCGGUCCAAGAGUUAUCCAGUAGUGAUAAUGGAAAGCCAAGAAGAUGAGGUUCACCAUAUCUCAACUAGUAUAAUCAGACCUGAACCUACUAUUACUCAUUCAAGGAUCGACUUAACUACAUGGGAUCUCCGUCUUCUCAUACCUGGAUACAUUCAAAGAGGUCUUCUCUUUACUAAACCCAAAUCACAAGAUUCUGAAACGAUCAUUUCUAACCUUAAGACCUCUCUUUCACAAACAUUAGAUCACUUCUUUCCUCUUGCCGGACGUCUUGCUAUCGAAAAACAUGACGAUGAUGAUGGAUCCACAUCUGUCUACAUCAACUGCAACUCUACCGGGGCAGAGUUCAUUCACGCAGUUGCUCAACACAUAACUGUAGCUGACAUACUAGAACCGAUUUACGUUCCUAGUGUGGUUGAAUCUUCAUUCUUCUCCCUAAAUGGAGUCAUGAACUAUGACGGUUUGGUUAAACCGUUGCUGUCAGUCCAAGUAACAGAACUGAAUGAUGGUAUCUUUGUUGGAUGCAGCGUUAAUCAUGCCGUGUGUGAUGGAACAUCAUUUUGGCAUUUCAUGAAUUCAUGGUCUGAGAUAUCUAGAUCUGCAGUUGGAGGUAAAUCAUCGAUUCGUACCAUCUCGCGUCUGCCGGUUCUUGAGAGGUGUUUCCUUAAGGAUGCAGAUCGCCCCAUUCGCUUACCUUUUUCUAUUGACGAUGAUUGUUUCCGAAAAAGACAUGUUUUUAAUACUAUCAAGUCUGAAUAUGAAGUGAGGUUCUACUAUUUCAGACGAGAAACUGUAGAAAUGCUUAAAGCAAAAGCCAAUGCGGAUUUUGGUCCGACAAAUGGCUGUCGCAUCUCUUCUCUGCAAGCUUUACUCGGUCACUUAUGGGUAGCAGUAACGCGUGCUAGGCGUUUGGAUCCAAACGGAGAGACUAAUUACUCUGUAGUGGUUGGUAAUAGGACUAGAUUGGUGCCGCCACUGCCUAAAGAGUAUUUUGGUAACUCACUGCAGUUCUGCGUUGCGACUGCUAAGGUGGGUGAGUUGCUGGAAAAAGGACAUGGUUGGGGAGCAUUGUUGCUUAACCGAGUAAUUAUGUCCCCUGACGAUGCAGCAAUUCGACGUUCUUGGGACUCAUGGGUGCAGAAACCUGUUUUUCCAGAAAGAUCAGCACUAUUUCAAGGUAGUACAUUGCUUACUGGGGGAUCUCCAAGAUUCGACAUGUAUGGUAACGAUUUUGGUUGGGGGAAACCCAUGGCAGUGCGAAGUGGGAUCGCUAACAAGUCCGAUGGAAAGAUUUCUGUGAUUCCUGGGUUGGUUCAAGGGAGCUUAUGUGUGGAAGCUUGUCUUUCUCCUGAGACAUUGAUGGCUAUGGAGAAUGACACAGAGUUCGCCAAUACUGUAUCUCCAGCUAAUUAUCUGUGACUGGACAAUAUGUCAUCCGAGCGAAUUCCAUUAUUUGGCCAAGCGGGCUGUCGAACAUUCUUAAAGUAGCCCAAUUUCUAAAUGUGGCCCUUUCCGUGUAGUAUAUAUAGGAAACUCCUCUUAGCUUCCACGGUCUCUUCCAAGUUGUAAAUUCUAACCCUCGACGAGACGCAUAAAAUCGGAAUUUUAUAUCUGUUCCAGACGCAGAUCGAUUUUGUUUUGCAUUUCUUUUCAAUGGUGUUAUUCGAAUCCCGCGAGGAAGGUGCAAAUUUUAUGCCCAUCUCAAGUGAAACCUUCACCUUCCCGAUGUGUGCAAAAUUAACCGAAGAAGAUGAGGAGGAGCGCCGUACAAAAAGUCAGGCAAGAAUCGCUCUCGAGUUAACGAGAAGAACUGCCAGGAGAUUGUUGGAUGCUGGUCGGUCUAGCAGAUACUUCUGACGAGGAAAACAUAAACCGCCGCAUGACUUCUUGUUUUUCUUCUUCUAUUUCCUGGG